AAUGUAUUUAGGGGUGUGGUCCUGGUCAAGACAAUCUCCUGAAUUCCAAGCUGAAUGUCAGAAUGGGAAAGAUCUAAGCAAUUUUGAGUGUGGCAUGGUUGUUGGUGCCAGACAGGCUGGUCUGAGUAUUUCACAAUCUGCUCAGUUACUGGGAUUUUCACGCACAACCAUUUCUAGGGUUUACAAAGAAUGGCCUGAAAAAGGAAAAACAUCCAGUAUGCUGCAUACUGGAUUGGGCGAAAAUGCCUUGUUGAUGCUAGAGGUCAGAGGAGCAUGGGCCGACUGAUUGAAUCUGAUAGAAGAUCAACUUUGACUGAAAUAACCACUCGUUACAACCGAGGUAUGCAGCAAAGUAUUUGUGAAGCCACAACACGCACAACCUUGAGGCAGAUGGACUACACCAGCAGGAGACCCCACCGGGUACCACUCAUCUCCACUAAAAGUAGGAAAAUGAGGCUACAAUUUGCACAAGCUCACCAAAAUUGGACAGUUGAAGACUGGAAAAAUGUUGCCUGGUCUGAUUCGUCUCGAUUUAUGCUGAGACGUUCAGAUGGUAGUCAGAAUUAGGCGUAAACAGAAUGAGAAUAUGGAUCCGUCAUGAUUUGUUACCACUGUGCAGGCUGGUGGUGGUGGUGUAAUGGUGUGGGGGAUGUGUUCUUGGCACACUUUAGGCCCCUUAGUACCAAUUGGGCAUCGUUUAAAUGCCACAGCCUACCUGAGCAUUGUUUCUGACCAUGUCCAUCCCUUUAUGACCACCAUGUACCCAUCCUCCAUGUCACAAAGCUAGAAUCAUUUCAAAUUGGUUUCUUGAACAUGACAAUGAGUUCACUGUACUAAAAUGGGCUCCCACAGUCACCAGAUCUCAACCCAAUAGAACAUCUUUGGGAUGUGGUGGAACGGGAGCAUCUUGCCCUGGAUGUGCAUCCCACAAAUCUCCAUCUGCUGCAAGAUGCUAUCCUAUCAAUAUGGGCCAACAUUUGUAAAAUAAUCCUUUAGGUUCCUCAAGGCAAGUGUCCCAACCCUCUGCAGUCUGACUGCACAGUGAAGUUGAGGACAUCUCCCACAGAUGUGCCAACAGGAGUCCUCCAAUGGCUUUUGACUAACUUGUGGCGAAUGCUGGACAAGAGGAGAAGGGUGGGGACCACCUUAGUCUCACGUGACUGGUUGCUGAAUGGAAUUGAGGUGAAUGGAACACGUGCCCAAAGAGCAGGACUCUAACCUAUCUGAGGGAGAUGAGAAAGGACGUUCUAAUGGUGUGAAGAGGAAAAGAAAGAACAGCCAAUGUUCUGUCAAGAGCAUGUCUGCGCUGAGCGUCUCUAUUCCAGGGUAUAUUCCCAGCUACCUGGAGAAGGAUGAGCCGUGCGUGGUGUGUGGGGAUAAAGCCACCGGCUACCAUUACCGCUGCAUCACCUGCGAGGGCUGCAAGGGUUUUUUCCGGCGCACCAUCCAGAAGAACCUGCACCCGGCAUACUCCUGCAAGUAUGACAGCUGCUGCAUCAUCGACAAGAUCACCCGCAACCAGUGCCAGCUGUGCCGCUUCAAGAAAUGCAUCUCGGAGGGCAUGGCUAUGGACUUGGUGCUGGACGACAGCAAGCGGGUGGCCAAGCGGAGGCUGAUCGAGGAGAACCGCGAGAAGCGCAAGAAGGAGGAGUUGGUGCGGACACUGCAGAACCGGCCAGAGCCCACGGACGCGGAGUGGGAGCUCAUCCGCCUGGUGACCGAGGCCCACCGGCACACCAACGCCCAGGGCUCCCACUGGAAGCAGAAGAGGAAAUUCCUGCCUGAUGACAUUGGGCAGUCUCCGAUGACCACCACAUCAGAAGGGGACAAAGUGGACCUGGAAGCCUUCAGCGAGUUUACCAAGAUCAUCACCCCCGCCAUCACUCGAGUUGUCGAUUUUGCCAAAAAGCUGCCCAUGUUCUCAGAGCUGUCAUGCGAGGACCAAAUCAUCCUUCUGAAAGGCUGCUGCAUGGAGAUCAUGUCGUUACGGGCGGCCGUUCGCUAUGACCCCGAGAGCGAGACGCUGACACUGAGCGGCGAGAUGGCCGUCAAGCGCGAGCAGCUCAAGAACGGCGGCCUGGGCGUAGUGUCGGACGCCAUCUUCGACCUGGGCAAGAGCCUGGCGCAGUUCAACUUGGACGACUCGGAAGUGGCGCUACUGCAGGCUGUCCUGCUCAUGAGCUCAGACCUCGAGGAAGAGCGGGGGGGAAGAGUUCGUUGGGGGCACUCCACCUUCAUGUGGAGGGAAGCGGCUGGCGUGGCAGGCCCCGAUCAUAGCGCAGGUCCGUCACCUUCAUGCAGCAGCUUGGGACACAUGGCCCACUUCUGGCCCAAGCUGCUGAUGAAGGUGACGGACCUGCGCAUGAUCGGGGCCUGCCACGCCAGCCGCUUCCUCCACAUGAAGGUGGAGUGCCCCAACGAACUCUUCCCCCCGCUCUUCCUCGAGGUCUUCGAGGACCAGGAGGUGUGACCCAGAGAGGAGGAGGGGGAAGAGGAAUAAAGAUGUAGAGGACACAUG